CAGAUGCAGCUUUACACAGCUCCUUCCGGCACAGAUGCAGCAAGAGACCCUCCUACUCCUCAUAUGUCGUCAUCGGGUCUCGCCCAGUCAAAUGAACGGGCGAGAGAAUAUCAGAAAAAAACAAGCCGAGCAGCCUGCGCGGCCGGAGCGAGCCGGCUCAUGGUUCAUGCAGGGUUCCUAUUCUUUUUUCUAAACCUUUUUUUUUUAGAACCCGGUGAUAAAUAAAGGAGAUGAAGGGACUCCUGCCGCUUUGCCGGGGCUUGUACACCCUGAGUAACCGUCAAGCCAGACGAAAAGCUGGGAUUGUCGGUUCUCGGUGCGGGUUUUGCGGAACUCAGUCUAAUAGCAAGCCACAGCCAAGUUUUGGGCUGUUGUUCGACAUUGAUGGCGUACUUGUCCGGGGAAGGUUGCUAAUCCCUGCCGCAAAAAAGGCGUUCGAGAAGUUGGUUGACUCUCAGGGACAAUUUGUGGUGCCAGUUGUUUUUGUCACAAAUGCAGGGAACUGCCUCAGACAAACAAAAGCAGACCAGCUUUCUCACAUCCUGGGAGUACCUAUCACACAAGAUCAAGUCAUCAUGUCUCAUAGUCCCCUGAGGAUGUUCAAGAAGUUCCAUGAUAAGUGUGUGCUGGUGUCAGGACAGGGGCCAGUCAUGGAAAUUGCUAAAAACGUGGGCUUUAAGAAUGUUGUCAGUAUUGAUAUGCUGAGGGAAUCGUACCCACUGCUGGACAUGGUAGAUCACAACAGGAGACCCAAACUGCCGUCCAAUCCUGUUGGCAACCUUCCUAAGGUUGAAGCUGUGGUUCUGUUCGGGGAGCCGAUUCGAUGGGAGACCAACCUGCAGCUGAUAAUUGACGUGUUGUUGACCAGUGGUAACCUCAGCAGUGUUCACCAAACCCAAAAGAUGCCUCAUCUCCCCUUGCUUGCCUGCAACAUGGAUCUCAUGUGGAUGGCUGAAGCACAUUCUCCACGGUUUGGCCAUGGGACAUUUCUCGUGUGCUUAGAAAACAUAUAUAAGAAGAUAACAGGUAAAGACCUGAAGUACGAGGCUCUCAUGGGAAAACCUAGUGAGCUGACCUACCAUUUUGCGGAAUACCUCAUCAGAAGCCAGGCCAUGCAGCGGCAAUGGAAACUUCCCAUCACCUCCCUCUAUGCUAUCGGGGAUAACCUUAUGACUGACAUCUAUGGCGCCAAUCUGUAUAACCGCUACCUGGAGGAGAGAGUUGCCAGAAAGAACCCCAAAGCCAUCGCUAAGAUGGUGGUCGCCACAGGAUCCACCGCUCCUGUGCCCCAGGAGGAGGAGAUCGACAACCUGUGGGAGAGCGAGCUAGCGCUGCCCUCCGCGACUUCCUGCAAGUCAGUCCUAGUCUGCACAGGGGUCUACAACCCUAAUGCGGAGGUGCCGUCUGAUGCAAGCCACUGCAUCAAAGAAACUGUGUUUCAUGGGCACCGGGACUUCAGAUUUGACCCUGCGCUUGUGGAACCAGGCCACAUUGUUCAGGAUGUGGCAGAAGCUGUUGACCUAAUCUUUGAGCAGGAGAAGUUUGUGCCUCAGUAGAGAUUUGAGCUAACAGGUUCUGUGUGAUCAUGGAGGCCCUUGUAGAGGAGGAGUGAGGCAUUAAACUGGGUAUACCAUUUAAUGCAUAAACCUGUAGGAGCCUAACACUGUGGACAUUGUUUAACCACUUGACAGGGCAUUGACAAAAUAUGGGUCAUCUUUUAAACUUUCAACAUUGAGACAAACUUUAGAGAAAAUUAAUCAUGUAACUGUUACUGUCAACUGCUCUUUUAUAUUGUUUUUGUGAUAGUCUUUAAUUACCUGUUUUUCAUUAAGGAAAAGUGUAAAGACUGCCUUAUUUGACCCUACUAAAUAUUUUUUUAGAUGAUAGUAAUGUUUUAGAUUAUUACAAAUCCUGAAAUCAUCCUAUAUUUAUUAUAAGAAUUUACCAGUGUUUUUAAGAAACAUAUUCAGAUAACAUUUGACUUUUACUCUCAAGGUGACAUUUUAUUAUUGCAUUUUUAGUCAUUUGUUUACUCAUUUAUCCUGCAGAAUCUAUGCAUGAAUAUAAGAGUUAAUAUUGUAAAAACAACUGUUUGAUGUGCAAUAUUGUCCUCUAAUAGUACUGUCUGUCUUCAUUAUGUCUAGUUGUGAGAGCCUUGACCAGUAUUUGCACAGAUCAGAGACUUUCAUCUUUGUUAAAUGUUACCAUAUCCUCCUGCCGUGACCUGUUAAUUAUGAUGUAGAAAUUUUAAUUCCUGAAGGAAAAGCGAACUAAACUUUUGUUUAGAUACAAGUAGAAUGCUAAUCAAAAGCUUUUACUGCCCCAUAUUUGACCAUUUGUAGUAAUUCAGUUACUGCAAAUACCCUAACUUAAGAAAAUAUAAGGAAGUUACGCAACA